AUUGAGGCUGUGGAGUUGAGUCUCUGGCUCUUGAUGUCAGACAGUCGCACGAGGCGAAGCGGCCGCUGCUCUUCAUCCAACCUCCUCUUUUUCUCCUCCUCCUCCUCUUCUUCCUCCUUCUGCUCUUCAGCACUGCUCCCCGCUGGACAGCUCCUGCUUGGACGCUUCUCCCCCACCCCCUCCCCUCAACACACACACACGCGCGCCCGCGCGCGGACACACCUGUGCGGUCACCAAGGCUCCUCAGUAAGACUUUUAAUGGAAGUAAAGUCCGCUGGUGUUUCAAGGAGCACCGGGAGUUUACAACUUGAGCCCCACGAGGGAUCUGCCGCGUUUGGAGGUUCGUGGCGCGCAGCGGGUCCUCGGAGGCGCGCGGCUCGCAUUCUCUGUUAACCGCGACUGACCAGGCGCGCGCGUGGAUUUGUGCGUGUGUGUGCGCGCGCGCAAAAGGCUCCACAUCCGAAGACAUUUGGUCCGAAGGUCAAAAAAAUAAAGAUCAAAAAAACCGCGAAGCUGCUGUCUGCGUGGACCGGUGCUGAAGUCUCCCGUCCCACGGCCAGGACCUUUGCCAAAUCCAGAGACAUGGCGACGAACGGCACCAAGACGGACGGACAGGUGACAGAACUGAACGAAGUGGGGGCCACCAACAAUGACAAGCCCAAAUCACUGGACGUGAAGUCCGAAAAGACGAAAAGGGAGGUGCCGGCCAGAGAAACAUGGGUGGGAAAAUUUGAUUUCCUCCUGUCUUGCGUGGGUUAUGCAAUUGGACUGGGGAACGUGUGGAGAUUUCCCUAUCUGUGUGGGAAAAACGGUGGAGGAGCCUUCUUGAUCCCUUAUUUUUUGACCCUGAUAUUUGCUGGGGUCCCAUUGUUCUUACUGGAAUGCUCCCUUGGCCAGUACACGUCAAUUGGAGGACUUGGUGUGUGGAAACUGGCUCCUAUAUUUAAAGGUGUGGGCCUGGCAGCAGCCGUCCUCUCCUUCUGGCUCAACAUCUACUACAUUAUAAUCAUUGCUUGGGCCAUUUACUACCUGUACAACUCAUUCACCACUGAACUCCCUUGGAGCUCGUGUAAUAAUCUAUGGAACACAGAAAAAUGUUACACAAACUACUCCAUCGCUGAUACCACCAACCUCACCAGUGCUGUGGUGGAGUUCUGGGAGCUCAACGUGCACCAAAUGACCGACGGCUUGGAAAAACCAGGCCAGAUCCGAGUGCCACUGGCAAUAACUCUGGCCAUCGCCUGGGUCCUCGUGUACUUCUGUAUUUGGAAAGGGGUUAGCUGGACAGGGAAGGUCGUUUACUUCUCGGCCACGUACCCUUACUUCAUGCUGUUCAUCCUCUUCAUUCGUGGGGUGACUCUACCUGGAGCUAAAGAGGGGAUUUUGUUUUACAUCACCCCCGACUUUGAAAAGCUGAAAGAAUCAGGGGUAUGGCUGGAUGCAGCCACCCAGAUCUUUUUUUCCUACGGGCUGGGACUGGGGUCACUUAUAGCCCUGGGCAGCUAUAACACCUUCCAUAACAACGUUUACAGAGACUCAGUCAUCGUGUGCUGCAUCAACUCGUGUACCAGCAUGUUCGCUGGCUUUGUAAUCUUUUCCAUUGUUGGCUUCAUGGCGCAUGUGACAAAGAAAGACAUCGCGGACGUAGCAGCUUCAGGUCCUGGUUUAGCGUUCCUUGCGUACCCGGAGGCUGUAACCCAGCUGCCUGUCUCACCUCUCUGGGCCAUUCUGUUCUUCUCCAUGCUGCUCAUGCUGGGGAUAGACAGCCAGUUCUGCACCGUCGAAGGCUUCAUCACUGCCCUCGUGGAUGAGUUCCCCAGGGUUCUGAGAGGCAGACGAGAGAUCUUCAUCGCUGUUGUCUGUCUGGUGUCUUAUGUGAUCGGACUCUCGAACAUCACACAGGGUGGAAUCUAUGUCUUCAAACUGUUUGACUACUACUCUGCCAGUGGGAUGUGUCUGCUGUUCUUGGUCUUCUUUGAGUGCAUCUCCAUAUCCUGGUUUUAUGGUGUGAACAAGUUCUAUGACAACAUCCAGGAGAUGAUUGGCUACAGGCCCUGUAUAUGGUGGAAGCUGUGCUGGGUGGUGUUCACCCCUCUCAUCGUCGCAGGGGUGUUCUUGUUCAGCGCCGUCCAAAUGGUUCCUCUCACGAUGGGAGACUAUGUGUUCCCGGGCUGGGGUCAGGGAGUAGGUUGGCUCAUGGCACUGUCCUCUAUGGUUCUCAUACCAGGAUACAUGGUCUACAUGUAUUUUGGUCUCAAGGGCACUUACAAGGAGCGACUUCGAAUAAUGUUUAAGCCUCCUACGGUCACCAAGCGAUGUCAAGAGAAUGGACCUGAGCAACAGGUGGAGACCAAUACCACUAAUCUCUCCAGCCCCGCCAAUCCCACCAGCCCCGCUAAUCCAGCUCCUGCAAACCCUGCCAGCCCCACUAAUCCGGCUCCGGCUAACUCAACAAGCCCGGUGACGCCCGCUAACGCAGCCUCGCCACCGGCUAAUCCAGCCUCCGCAUCUAGCCCGGUGACAAGCCCUCCCGCCACCAUCACCACCACGGUCACCACGGCUAGCCCAGCUAACCCCCCAACCACAACUGUUAGCCCAACCAGCCCGCCUCCCAACCCAACCAGUCCAACGGAGCCCGUCAGUCCCCCAAACCCAACGAGCCCAACUUCUAACCUGACCAAGGCCGAGGCCAACGUGUAGUCAACAAAGAAACCCCCUCGUGGAGCAUUUAGGCAAACUAGAACAUUGCAAAGGACUUCUAAGAUUUUAGUUGAUUCACCUACCUCCGAGGGCAACAUGUGAUCAAAACCGAUUUCCAAACCACAUUUCAUUUCUCUGCGUUUGUUAAUUGGAGCCAAUGAUGUCUUAUUGUUGGUUUGCAUCCUGAAAACAAAAUCAAAGACUGUUAGUGUUGAAAAACCACAACCGUCAUUCUGAAUUUUAAAAAAAAAGCAAGAAAAAACUAUGUAAACAUACUGUGUAAUACUGUGAGAAAAGAAGAAAAAACCCUUAGAGAUAUAGAUUAGAGGUUUGUUGAAUAUCUUCAUGAAUCAAGUAAAUACCGUGUGACUUUAGUAGAUUAGGUAGUAAACAAACUUGACAUCAUAGGAGCGUGCGAGGGAUGGCGUCAAAUUUUUUUGUGGAUGUUUACGAAAACCUCACGCAGUCGUCUCUUCUCCAAACGUUUCUCUCUGUGAGGUAAACUACAAGCCGCGGGGCAAACGGGGAGCUCUGAGUAAGCACAAAGCCAGGAAGAGGUUCACGUUUAGGAGCAAUCCGGCGUUUGUCGCAAAAGAUUUCGUGUGUGAGAGAGACUGUUAUCUGUCCUUCCUUUUUUCUGUGAAAAAAACAAAAACAAAAACAAAGAAGAUAAAACUUUUAUGUGAUCAGAGCAUUUUUAGAAUUAUUUUUAGGAUGUUUUAUACUAUAUAUAUAAAUAUAUAUAUAUAUAUAUAUAUGUUGUAAUGGAGGACCAAAUUUAUAAGGCAGACAAAAGUAAAAACUAUGCCGUUCAGUAUUCGGUUGGCAAAGCACAGGGUACAAAGAAGUACAAUAAAAAAGAAGAGUAAGCACAGGGUUAGGGGAGAGAUUUACUAACGUCGACUAUCCCGUAUAAUGCUGACAGUCAAUCCUGUUUACGUUUUGCAUGUUUUUCCUCAGGAACAAAGUUUCUCAAAUGUCUCCUGACAAAGUAAAGAAGAACAGAGAAGGCCUUAAGCCAACAUACACAUUUUUAGCCAAGCCGUAGUCUGUUUACACGACUGGGCAGAAGUAUGAAAUGCCACUUUGUAUGCUAGCACAAUAAAUAAUAAGACAAAAAAUAGUAGAUAUAAAUGUAUAAAAACGGGUCCAACUCUGUGUUAAAGUGCAGUCAUGGUUUUUUACUUUUCUGUAUGUGUCACGGUCAGUCAUAGUUCGAUCAGUAUGUAUCCAGCAAUACAUAUGUAGAUGUUCGAGUGCAGGCCGGUAAACAAGAGGUCUGUUUCUGUUCUUGUUUCAGUUGUCUUUGCUUUAACUCGAGCGAGAAGCACAAAGCUUUAACUUCCCCAGACGGUUUGCUGUGGCGUGUUUCAGACAAUGUUAGUUCGCUUCUACGGCAGCUACCGGGAAGCAUCUGGUUUUACUUUGAAAAGCAAAACAACUCGAGUGAAAAUGGGAAACGGCUCCGGUUCACGUCCUGCGAAUUUUGUACAAAGUUACUCCUACCGCAGUUUCUCUCUGGAAGUUCGUUGUAAAACCGUACCGUGUAAAACAUGUAACUGUGAAUGUCUGUACUACAUUGGAAGUUAUUGUCUAAAUGUUGAAAAAAUGGAGUUGCUGUUUUCUGCAAUAAUAUUUUGAUCACAGAAGCUAAAGCACAUAUCUAACAGAAGUAUAAGAAACGAUGAUGACAAUGAGAAGAUAUUGAUGAUUAUAUUAAAAAUAGAAACUAUGUCUAGUUAAAUUAUAAUGUUUUGUAUAUUUUUAACUGUCUCACUGCCUAAUGUAAAACAGUAUAUAAACAUGAUAUGUAUCUAAAUGGUGUCAAAUGAUAAAGCACGAUUGUUAUGUUAUACAAACAGAGAAAAAGACUAAAAAAAUAAAGAGUUAUAGAAAUUAUAAAUACAACACAUGGCUGGCAUAUGUCCCUAAAAGCAAAUGUUUUUUUAACUUAAAGACGUUUCUGGUAACGUUGCCAGAAAAUUAGGUCAACUAUCUUAUUAAAAGAUGUACGCUGCUCUGAAUCCUCCUGCAGUAAUUUGGCUGUUGAUUCCUCUCUUGUAAAUAAACCCGUGUCCAUGGAGUAUUUCCAGUCAACAGAUAUAAGAAAAAUGGGAGAACAAUAAAAUAAUGAGGAUAUUAUUAGGUGGAGGAAAUCAAAGCUUACAUUGUCUAUGGGUUUAUUUUACAGCAAGGCUUUUCCUCAGUUGAUGAAGGUCAAGAUGGAAUCCAGGGCAAUAUCUCUCAGAGUGGGGUUCUGUUGGAAGUUUAUAAACAAAAAACACCUUACCUGUUGCAGAUAACACUUUUAUUUGUCUCAGUUUGGAGAUAUGGUCCAAUUCUGAGCAGACUGAUGAGCUAACGGCUAGUCCGAGCGAGACCAAGAUUAACGUGCUGCCUUGUUAAAAUGCUCAUGCUAAUUCAAGUAAACUGUUUUUAGUCUUAAUAUCACUGCCAGUUUUGCAUUACAUGGUUUUCCCAGCAGACAUAUUUUGUCAUUUCUUCCAGAAGUGCUCUAAAAUGCACAGGACGUGCUACAGCUAUAGCUGCUUCUGCUAAUUGCACAUGGCCACAGAUUUGUUUUCAGUAUAACCAAAUUAAAAAUAAAUGGAAAUAAAACAGCUUUCUGAAAAACUGAGACAGCAAUUUAAAUUAAACUUGAUUUUUCCAAAGCGAGUCCUUUCAAAGAACUUCUCUUCAACAGGUAAGAUAUUAACUGUUCAAAACCUACACACAGAAUCCCACAACUGUCACUCUAGUUCUGUCAGGUGGGGGUGUCCGAAAACAAUAAUUGUUACAAUGCAAUGAACAAAAUAAAGAAGAUAUGAGAAGUAAGA